AUGGCUAGCAGUGGCAGCAGAAGAAGUCGAUACCUUUGGUAAGUUUGAGGGGAUGUCUGUUGCCUGGAAACAUUAUUCUCCUCUCCUCUCUUGUAUAUGAAUCUUAUUGGUCUUUCCUUUCUCAGUGAUGUUGGGGAUGACCAUGACUGCAUUGAGGUGAAAUGUCCCAAGAAGUCUUUGCAGAAAGUCAAGUGGUCGAGGGAAGAGGUAAGUCAUGCCUUGAGUGAGUUGUCUUCUGUGGUAGCAGAGUUAACUCCCGAGAAAAUAAUAUUUAAUCUGUUUCUCCCUCUUGAUCACAAGGAUGAGAGGCUGAAGAGGCUUGUGGAUGAACACGGAGCAGAUGAUUGGAAUGUGAUUGCAGAUAAUUUCAAGGUAAGUGUCACCCACACAAAAUAUGCCCAACUCUGACGUUUUUGUCCCUUGCGUACCUGUAUAUUGGACUGAUGUCUUCCUCUUUUCUUUGCAUUUCUCUACUCUGACAGAAAAGGUCUGAGUCUCAGUGUCAGCACCGAUGGCAGAAGGUGCUCAACCCAGAGCUGGUGAAAGGGCCAUGGACCAAGGAGGAGGAUGAGAGGGUAAAGACAGUUUCUAUUCAGUUUUCUGUCUACCAAGUUCACUACAUGACCAAAAGUAUGUGGACACCUGCUCGUCGAACAUCUCAUUCCAAAUUAUCAUGAGCAUUAAUAUGGAGGUGGUCCCCCCUUUGCUGCUAUAACAGCCGCCACUCUUCUGGGAAGGCUUUCCGCUAGAUGUUGGAACAUUGCUGCGGGAACUUGCUUCCAUUCAGCCACGAGCAUUAGUGAGGUCGGGCACUGAUGUUGGGCAAUUAGGCCUGGCUUGCAGUUGGCGUUCCAAUUCAUCUCAAAGGUGUUCGAUGGGGUUGAGGUCAGGGCUCUGUGCAGGCCAGUCAAGUUCUUCCACAUCGAUCUCGACAAACCAUUUCUGUAUGGACCUUGCUUUGUGCACGGGGGCAUUGUCAUGCUGAAACAGGAAAGGGCCUUCCCCAAACUGUUGCCACAAUGUUGGAAGCACAGAAUUAGAAUGUCAUUGUAUGCUGUAGCGUUAAUAUUUCCCUUCACUGGAACUAAGGGGCCUAGCCCGAACCAUGAAAAAUAGCUCCAGACCAUUAUUCCUCCUCCACCAAACUUUACAGUUGGCGCUAUGCAUUGGGGCAGGUAGCGUUCUCCUGGCAUCCGCCAAACCCAGAUUUGUCCGUCGAACUGCCAGAUGGUGAAGCGUGAUUUAUCACUACAGAGAACGCGUUUCCACUGCUCCAGCUGACGCUUGACAUUGCGCAUGGUGAUCUUAGGCUUGUGUGUGGCUGCUCGGCCAUGAUAACCCAUUUCAUGAAGCUCCAGACGAACAGUUCUUGUGCUGAAGUUUCUUCCAGAGGCAGUUUGGAACUCGGUAGUGAGUGUUGCAACCGAGGAUAGAUGAUUUUUACGCGCAUCAGCACUCGGCGGUCCCGUUCUGUGAGCUUGUGUGGCCUACCACUUCGCGUUGUUGCUCCUAGACAUUUCCACUUCACAAUAACAGCACUUACAGUUGACCGGGGCAGCUCUAGCAGGGCAGAAAUUUUACGAACUGACUUGUUGGAAAGGUGGCAUCCUAUGACGGUGCCACAUUGAAAGUCACUGAGCUCUUCAGUAAGGCCAUUCUACUGCCAAUGUUUGUCUAUGGAGAUUGCAUGGCGGUGUGCUCGAUUUUAUACACCUGUCAGCAACGGGUAUGGAUGAAAUAGCCAAAUCCACUCAUUUGAAGGGGUGUCCACAUACUUUUGGCCAUGUAGUGUAUAUGUAUCACAUGCUAAAUUCUUAACCUUGCUGUGGGUCAAUGUAUCUGUGCACAGGUCAUCGAGUUGGUCCACAGAUAUGGCCCCAAGCGCUGGUCCAUCAUUGCCAAGCAUCUGCACGGGCGUAUCGGCAAGCAGUGCCGGGAGCGCUGGCACAACCACCUUAACCCUGAGGUGAAGAAGUCGUGCUGGACUCAGGAGGAGGAUCGGAUCAUAUACGCUGCUCACAAACGUAUCGGGAACCGCUGGGCUGAGAUAGCCAAGCUGCUGCCUGGCAGGUAGUAACACUUUUAUAACAAGUCAUAACACUGUUAUAACAGGCUAUAACACUCUGUGUGUGUCCCAAAUGGCACCCUAUUCUCUAGAUAGUGCAUUCCUUUUGACCAGAGCCCAUAGGAAUCUGGUCAAAAGUAGUGCACAAUGUAGGGAAUAGGGUGCUAUUUUGGGCGCCAUCUCUGUUUCUAAUGGCAUCAGACUUAUAUGUAGAAAUCUCAUGAGAUUGAUCAAAUAUAUUUUGUUUGUCUGAAUCACAGGGAUAUAUAACAAAUAACAAAAAAUAUAGUGUUGACAAUAUAGAACAUAAUAUUGUUCUAAUUCCAUUUAUUUGGUCUGAAUCCCCCAUAGGACAGACAACUCUAUAAAGAAUCACUGGAACUCCACCAUGCUUAGGAAGGUGGAGCAUGAGGGCUACCUGCAGGACGUCCCGACUCGGGUCUACAAGACCAAGGCUUCCAUCAAGAAAAGGACCAAGUCCUCCUGCUCGUCCUGGCGGAGACAGAAUCACUAUUUCAUGACUAUCCCUACAAAGGUGUGCACAGAUUUACCAAUCAGCACAAUAAACUAGGCUGAAGAAAUCGACUGAAAAUCACCAUUGAAAUCAGUCCCAAACUGUUUGUUCAUUUUAUUACACUGUUGUUUGUGUUGUGAAUGUGUGUUUUGGUAGAUUUCAGGAUAUUCCCUUGGCUUGUUGGAUGGCCAGUACAUGGACAGUGUUCCUGAAACCUCUUUCUUUGUCCCGGUGAGUAUCCCCUCUCUGCACUCACUCAGCUUAGCUCAACCAUGUUGCAAGUGAACUCCUUCCCUCCAAUGUAUAGUAGUUCCUCCUCUGUAAUUCAGCAUUAAAUGUAAGAUAAGAGUGGAAUAAGACUUGUAAAUCAGCUGUUUUUCCAAUCUCUCCUGGGCUGCGUGUACCCCAGCAGUCGUUCACUGAUGGCUCCCCCAACAAAGAGCAGAGAAUUAAGGAACUCGAGCUGCUCCUUAUGGCAGCCGAGAGCGAAGUUGGGAGACGAGAAGCUUCAUGUGUAAGAAGGAACACGUAUGUGUAGUCAGUAGUGUAGUAUGCUCUAGAACCCAUCCCUACCACCCUCCCCACCGGCUUCCCAUCUCACUCCACUCACCCCAUCUCACUCCACUCACCCCUGGUUAGCUAGCCGUUCACCCCUGGUUAGCUAGCCGUUCACCCCUGGUUAGCUAGCCGUUCACCCCUGGUUAGCUAGCCGUUCACCCCCAGUUAGCUAGCCACUCACCCCCGGUUAGCUAGCCACUCACCCCCAGUUAGCUAGCCACUCACCCAUGGUUAGCUAGCCACUCACCCCCGGUUAGUUAGCCACUCACCCCAGGUUAGCUAGCCACACCCCCGGUGUCAAGCCAAACAUGACAAUUGGCAUGAAAGUUGUAUGAGGAGUUGGCAAGAGCAGAAACGCACUGAUACCCAGGCUAGCUGUUCACAACAUCUGUCAGGACUCUUUAGAUAGAUGAAUGAAAAAAUGCACAGUUCAUGUUUAAGUUUCGGCAUGAAAGUGAGGCUCCUGCUGAUGUCCACCCUUAGUCUCAUUACAUUUACAUUGGUAAAUGUACACUACCAGUUACAAGUUUGGACACACCUACUCAUUCAAGGGUUGUUCUUUAUUUUUACUAUUUUUUACAUUGUCGAAUAAUAGUGAAGACAUCAAAACUAUGAAAUAACACAUAUGGAAUCAUAUAGUAACCAAAAAAGUGUUAAACAAAUCAAAAUAUAUUUUGUAUUUGAGAUUCUUCAUAUAGCUACCCUUUGCCUUGAUGACAGCUUUGCACACUCUUGGCAUUCUCUCAACCAGCUUCAUGAGGUAGUCACCUGGAAUGCAUUUCAAUUAACAGGUGUGCCUUCUUAAAAGUUUGUGGACUUUCUUUCCUUCUGAAUGCGUUUGAACUAAUCAGUUGUGUUGUGACAAGGUAGGGGGGUAUACAGAAGAUAGCCCUAUUUGGUAGAAGACCAAGUCCAUAUUAUGGCAAGAACAGCUCAAAUAAGCAAAGAGAAAUGACAGUCCAUCAUUACUUUAAGACAUGAAGGUCAGUCAAUACGGAACAUUUCAAGAACUUUGAAAGUUUCUUCAAGUGCAGUUGCAAAAACCAUCAAGCGCUAUGAUGAAACUGGCUCUCAUGAGGACCGCCUUUUGACUGGUACUGUACACAUUUUUACAUUUACAUUUUAGUCAUUUAGCAGACGCUCUUAUCCAGAGCGACUUACAGUUUAGUGAAUACACAUAUUUUUUUAUACUGGCCCCCCGUGGGAAUCGACCCCACAACCCUGGCAUUGCAAACGCCAUGCUCUAUCAACUGAGCUACAUCCCUGCCGGCCAUUCCCUCCCCUACCCUGGACGACGCUGGGCCAAUUGUGCGCCGCCCAUGAGUCUCCCGGUCGCGGCCGGCUGCGACAGAGCCUGGAUUCGACCCAGGAUCUCUAGUGGCACAGUUAGCACUGCGAUGCAGUGCCUUAGACCACUGCGCCACUCAGGAGAUCUCGUGGUCAGGAAAAUUCCUGGUCCUACUCAUCAUUGGUUCUGACCUUUCCAUAGCUCUGGUCCAGGGUGUUUUGUACGGCUUGCUUACGCUAUGCCGUCAGCAUUAAGGUCUCCGCUUGCUUCCCAGCUGAAACAGUUUGGAAGAGUUUGGGCAUAUAUUAUGACAAAGUUUUUGUUAGUUUUGGACUUUGGUGAGGGUUUUUCGGCCGUACGGGCACACAUAUUUUUUCUAGAGGCAAGCCGAAGUUCGGAGACAAAGUCUAUCUUAGUUAGAUGUAAAAUUGCUCGACUAAGAUCUCGGCAAAAACAUUAAAAUGAAUGACAGAUUUCUUGAGUUAUCUUAUAUUAAUUUGGACUAUUUUGAGCUACGGUGUCUCAAAAUAGACAAACAGUACUAUUGCUGCUUUCUUCUCGUUUUUUCAAGCAAAGGUCUUUUAAGAUAGUAUGCGAGCACACUCGUUCGGUUCGACUAGACGAAUUGCUGAUGCCUUUAGCAAUCCACAUGUAACGCACUGGACCAGAGCUAACCUUUCUUUGACCCCUCCCGCUCAACAGAACACGGAAGGUCACUACUCCAGCUGGUCCAGCAGCCUGACAGACGACGGUCUGACCAACACGACCCUGAGCAGCUUGGGGGACCAGAGUAUGGAGGGCCAUGGCUCGGCUGUCUACACUCCUAUGUCUCCCAGCAGGUUCCUGGCCGUGGAGGCAAGCGCUGUCCUCUCCUCCCUACAAACCAUCCCCGAGUUCGCAGAGACUCUGGAGCUCAUUGACUCGGUCAGUUGGGUGAUUCUCAUGAAAGCAGUUUUAACCAUGGAAGUAGCAAAAUGAGUUAGAAAAACCAUGAUGCAUCUGCAACAAUCAACUAUCAUUCUGAAGACUAUGUUGCAUAGUUUAUGGCACAGUGUCUCAUUUUAAAUACAUUUUAAAUUUUCGCCUGAAUUUUAUACAUUUUCAGGCCAAAUUCUUAAUACUGAAAUGCGUCCGUAUUAAAUUGUCGGGGCAUUUUAUACAAUUUUACUUUAGAAAACCCCAAUUUAUUUGAAUAAAAAACCAAAUAUGUUGCUGUAGUUUGUCCAUAAAUCAGAAAAAUUGUAUACUAGGUGAAGUUUACGUUAAGCUAUAAUGUUUAUUACGUAAAAACACAGUGUCUGGACAUGUUUCUCAUUACCAUAGCAAUUUUUCAAGUUGCUGUAAAUACUCCAAUCAUUUUUUAAAUAAAGUUUUAUUCACCCAUGAUACAUUAUCUAGAGGAGCAGUCCUUAGAUGAGCACAAGUUCAUUUAAUGUCUUCACUUAUAUGCCUUCAGAAUGAGGAUCUUAUUCUCAAACAACCCCUUUAUGACAAUUGACCUUCUCAUUACCGAAAUGACUAAAAAGCUCAAAUUGAGAAUAACUUAGAGAACUAUUACCUUACCAACAUGGAGGCAUGAUUGGGCUUUAGUGAUGUGGUCAAUUGUUUGCUGAUUCAUAAUAGCUGUCUCCUAUUACUUGCAGAUUGAGCUAAGGGCCUCUCAAUACCGAAACACACAUUUUUCAUUACUGUAUCAUUUUAAGGUCCUUUUCGGUAAUGAGAUCCUUAAUUUCGGCAAUGAUAAUAAGCUAAUUCUAAUGUAUGUAAUGGGUGUGCUGUGCUGGUAACUUUAAUUAUUUACUAAGACCACUCCUUACACCUAUUGUAUAGAUUUUUUGUAAAACAUCAGUUAUUUGAUUAAGUAGGGUUUGUCAAGAAAUAUCAGUGUAUAAACCCCAUUUAUUUAACUUAAAGCCACAAUCUGGAGUUUGUGUUUCAGCAAAGAGCAAUCUUCCAUUUAAAGGAGGAUAUCCCCCAUUUUGACAUGUGUACCUGUUUUAGCACUUACGUAUACUGUUGUUUGAUAUCCCAAGACAGUUUUUAGGCCAUAUCCCACAUAUUUAGAUACUUUAUAGGCAUAUCAUAUUUGCUCAUAGGAUCCCAUUCAAUUUAGAAAUCAAUCUAAAAUACCUUAGAACCACACAUAUCCAUGUCCUAAAACACCAAUGUUACCUGUAAACACCUUGGAGAAAGUCCCUUAUUUAUGCUUAAGUCCACUUCUGACUUUUGAAAAUACAUGCAUGUAAUUACAGUACUUAUACACUGAACAAAAAUAUAAACACAACAUGCAAUAAUUUCAAAGAUUUACACUUCAUAUAAGGAAAUCAGUCAAUUGAAAUAAAUUCAUUAGGCCCUGGUCUAUGGAUUUCACAUGACUGGGAAUACAGAUAUGCAUCUGUUGGUAACAGAUGCCUUAAAUAAAAAAGGUAGGGGUGUGGAUCAGAAAACCAGUCAUGUGGUGUCUGGAUGUGACCACCAUUUGCCUCAUGCAGCGCGAAACAUCUCCUUUGCAUAGAGUUGAUCAGGCUGUUAAUUGUGGCCUGUGGAAUGUUGUCCCACUCUUUAAUGGCUGUGCAAAGUUGCUGGAUAACGGCGGGAACUGGAACACGCUGUCAACGUCGAUCCAGAGCAUCCCAAACAUGCUCAAUAGGUGACAUGUCUGGUGAGUAUGCAGGCCAUGGAAGAACUGGGACAUUUUCAGCUUCCAGGAAUUGUGUACAGACCCUUGCGACAUGGGGCUGUGCGUUAUCAUGCUGAAACAUGAGGUGAUGGCAGCGAAUUAAUGGCAUGACAAUGGGCUUCAGGAUCUCGCCACGGUAUCUCUGUGCAUUCAUUUUGCCAUCGAUAAAAUGCAAUUGUGUUCGUUGUCCGUAGCUUAUACCUGCCCAUACCAUAACCCCACCGCCACCAUGGGGCACUCUGUUCACAACGUUAACAUCAGCAAACCACAAGAUGCCACACAAGAUGCCAUACACGCUGUCUGCCAUCUGCCCGGUACAGUUAAAACCGGGAUUCAUAUGUGAAGAGUACACUUCUCCAGCGUGCCAGUGGCCAUCAAAGGUGAGCAUUUGCCCAUUGAAGUCGGUUACGACGCGAACUGCAGUCAGGUCAAGACCCUGGUGAGGACGACGAGCACGCAGAUGAGCUUCCCUGAGACGGUUGUGCAAACCCACAGUUUCAUCAGCUGUCCAGGUGGCUAGUCUCAGAUGAUCCCGCAGGUGAAAAAGCUGGGUGUGGAGGUCCUGGGCUGGCGUGGGUACACGUGGUCUGCGGUUGUCAGGCCAUUGAAAGUGCUGCAAAAUUCUCUAAAACGACGUUGGUAAAUAAAUUAAAAUUCAAUUCUCUGGCAACAGCUCUGGUGGACAUUCCUGCAGUCAGCAUGCCAAUUGCAGGCCAAUCUGUGGCAUUGUGUUGUGUGACAAAACUGCACAUUUUAGAGUGGCCUUUUAUUGUCUCCAGCACAAGGUGCACAUGUGUAAUGAUCGUGCUGUUUAAUUAGCUUCUUGAUAUGCCACACCUGUCAGGUGGAUGAAUUAUCUUGGCGAAGGAGAAUUGCUCACUAACAGGGAUUUAAACACAUUUUUGCACAAAAUUUGAGAGAAAUAUGCUUUUUGUGCGUAUGGAACAUUUCUGGAAUCCUUUAGUUCAGCUCAUGAAACAUGGGACUAACACUUUACAUGUUGCGUUUAUAUUUUUGUUCAGUGUACUUAUGCUAAAAUAACGGGUCUUUAGUCAAUUGCGUUAUCAGUGAUUUUAGUUUUAUGCAAGUCAUUUGGGGUUGACAAAUGACACAGUUUGAUGAUGUAUUGGGUUACUGAAUCUCUAAUAGAGCCCGGUACAGUUUUUCAAUGGCAAACUAUGAAACACUCAUUACCGAAACAUGCAUUCUCAUCUCUGAAACCUGUUUAUCAUUACUGUAAUGCACCAAUAUUGAUAAAAUAUUAGGAAAAAUAAAAUGUGUACUUGAGUAAUUUUGGCUUAAUCUGAUAGUGUGCCUUUUGUUCUCUAUCUAAUAUGUCAUUAUAAAUACCUAAACAUGCCAAGUAGCUAUGACAAAAGAAACUAGAUUAAGAAAAGGUUAUGUGUUGCGGAAAAAUGACAAAAUACAUUUUAAUAAUUACAUUUUAAAUAUAUUUGUUUUCAGUGUCAGGCCUUUUAAUUAGAUGAGCAAUGUACAAAAAAUAUUAGAAAUAUAUUUGUUUAACUUUUUUUGGACUUCGAAAACUCUUGCUGUAAUGAGAAUUUUUGGAUUGGUAGUUGUUGAAAUUGUGGUAAAAUGCAUAAUAUCUGAUCAAUAAACAUAACAAUCAUUAUGAAAUCGAUAAAUACAGAUCCUGAUCUUAGUGAUCCAAGAGGAAUUAUGGUGGAAAAUGUGUUUCUUUUUUUUUGUCAUUUUGUUUUGUCAAAUGAAAAUUAUUAGCAUUCUAUUUAUGUGGUAGUGCUCCUCCUGUCUCCCUGUUGGGUCUGACUCAGUAUGACACAUAGAUACAAUAUAAUACUACAACAAGUUGUCUAUUUAAUUCUGUGGUGUUAUUUCUGCUCUUUUUCCUCCUGUCUCUCAUGUUUAUUUUCAAACGAAGCACUGGCUCAGUUUUUUCAUCCUGUGAAGUGUGUUCAUAGAUUAAGGUUAUUGAACAUGCAGAUAACUGUUAGGUUGUGUAAUUCUGGUUAACAAUCCAAAUACAAUUAAGUAUAGUCAUUGUGUUAUAAUCACGUUUAUGUCAAACCAUUCAUUCUUAUUUGACCCUGUAGGACCCAGUGGCUUGGAGCGAGGUGACCAGUUUCAGCCUGAAGGAAAUGACUUCGCCCCUGAAACAGGAAGUGACAUUGUCUGUCUCUCAGGUGGGGAUGCCAGAAGGAGCUAGCUACCAUUUUGAGGACUCAGUCAUAAUGGACCUGAGUGAGAAAUACACUGAACUGAUGCCUGCCUCUUCACCCAACGUGACCAAGCUGAGCACACCUACCUCCAUCCUGAAGAGGAGGGAGAGUGGGGAGCAGUACCCUGCUAGUCAGUGUCACAGCGCCUCCUUUUUGGAUAACAGCACCUCCUCACCUAGCAUCACUCAUGUCAAAGCACUGCCAUUCUCUCCCUCCCAGGUACGAUGUCCUGUUUAGGUAAUGUAUAAUAUAAUACCAUCAAGUAAUUAUGCAAACCACUGAUCUAUGAUCUAAACAGAUCAACAUUCACAAGGCCACAGGGCAGACGGAUUACAAGGACGUGUGCGCUGACCAACUGGCAAGUGUCUUCACUGACGUUAUCAACCUGUCCCUGACUGAGUCUGUAAUACCAACAUGUUUCAAGCAGACCACCAUAAUCCCUGUGCCCAAGAACACCAAGGUAACCUGCCUAAAUGACUAUCGACCCGUAGAACUCACGUCUGUAGCCAUGAAGUGCUUUGAAAGGCUGGUCAUGGCUCACAUCAACACCCUCAUCCCAGAAACCCUAGACCCACUCCAAUUCGCAUACCGCCCCAACAGAUCCACAGAUGACACAAUCUCUAUUGCACUCCACACUGCCCUUUCCCACCUGGACAAAAUGAACACCUAAGUGAGAAUGCUGUUCAUUGACUACAGCUCAGUGUUCAACACCAUAGCUUAGUGAGGAGCUCUGAGCGCACUAAGGACCCUGGGACUAAACACCUCCCUCUGCAACUGGAUCCUGGACUUCCUGAUGGGCCGCCCCCAGGUGGUAAGGGUAGGCAACAACACAUCUGCCACACUGAUCCUCAACACGGGCCCUUCAGGAGUGCUUAGUCCCCUGCUGUACUCCCUGUUCACCCACGACUGCGUGGCCAAGCACGACUCCAACACCAUCAUUAAGUUUGCCGUCAACACAACGGUGGUAGGCCUGAUCAACGACAACGAUGAGACAGCAUAUAGGGAGGAGGUCAGAGACCUGGCAGUGGGGUGCCAGGACAACAACCUCUCCCUCAAUGUGAUCAAGACAAAGGAGAUGACUCCCGAGUUGCGCAAUGGUCUAAGGCACUGCAUCGCAGUGCUAGCUGUGCCACUAGAGAUCCUGGUUCGAGUCCAGGCUCUGUCGCAGCCGGCCGCGACCGGGAGACCCAUGGGCGGCACACAAUUGGUCCAGCGUCGUCCAAGGUAGGGGAGGGUUUGGCCGGCAGGGAUGUGGGUUCGUUUCCCACGGGUGGCCAAGUAUGAAUUAAAAUAAAAAUAAAAAAAUAAUAACAUGUAUGCAUUCACUAACUGUAAGUCGCUCUGGAUAAGAGCGUCUGCUAAAUGACUAAAAUGUAAAUGUUAAUGAUCAUGGACUACAAGAAAAGGAGGGCCAAGCACGUCCCCAUUCUCAUCGACGGUGCUGUAGUGGAGCAGGUUGAAAGCUUCAAGUUCCUUGGUGUCCACAUCACCAACAAACUAUCGUGGUCCAAACACACCAAGACAGUUAUGAAGAGGGCACGACAAUGCCUGUUCCCCCUCAGGAGACUGAAAAGAUUUGGCAUGGGUCCUCAGAUCCUCAAAAAGUUAAACAGCUGCACCAUCGAGAGCAUCCUGACUGGUUGCAUCACCGCCUGGUAUGGCAACUGCUCGGCCUCCGACCGCAAGGCGCUACAGAGGGUAGUGUGUACGGCCCAGUACAUCACUGGGGCCAAGCUUCAUGCCAUCCAGGACUUCUAUAUCAGGCGGUGUCAAGAGGAAGGCCCUAAAAAUUGCCAAAGACUCCAGCCAUCCGGAGCGCCAAAUCUAUGUCCAAAAGGCUUCUUAACAGCUUCUACCCCCAAGCCAUAAGACUGCAGAACAGCUAAUCAAAUGGCUACCCGGACAAUUUGCAUUAAAAAUAUAUAUAUAAUUGCUGCUGCUACUCGCUGUUUAUUAUCUAUGCAUUCACUUCACCCCUACCUACAUGUAUAUAUUACCUCAAUUACCUUGACUAACCUGUACCCUCGCACAUUGACUCGUUACCGGUACCCCCUGUAUAUAGCCUCGUUAUUGUUAUUUUAUUGUUACUUUUAAUUUUGUAAAUAUUUUCUUAACUCUCAUUUCUCUUAAAACUGCAUUGUUGGUUAAGGGCUUGUAAGUAAGCAUUUCACGGUAAGGUCUACACCUGUUGUAUUCGGUGCAUGUGACAAAUAUAAUUUGAUUUGAUUGUCAUAUAAUUAUAAUAAUUUAUUCUCUGCAAAUUGACCACAACUAAGCCCAAAAAGAGAUUGUAUUUGAAAAUGACAAUAAUUUCAUAUCUUGAUUACCGUAAUUUUCGGACUAUAAGCCGCGCCUUUUUUCCCAUUUUUCGACCCUGCGGCUUAUAUAACGGUGCGGCUAAUCUAUGGAUUUUUACAGCUAACGGCCACUAGAAGACCUCCUAGGUAUUAAACAUUAAAACACCUGCGGCUUAUAGUCCAGUGCGGCUUAUAUAUGUACACAUCAUUCAAUUUAGCUGCUGCGGCUUAUAUUCCGGUGCGCCUUAUAGUGCGGAAAAUACGGUACAUUGAGACACAAUUGCAUAUGUCUAUAAUUGGUGAACAGAUUUCCUAAAUGAAACUCAUUUUUAGCAGAAUUCCUGGAGAUGUUAUUUUAUUUUACCAAAAACUAAAAUCCCCUAAAAACGUUGGGCUAAAAACCUAGGCGGGUCCAAGAAAGUCACUUGCGCGCCGGUUUUGGCCCGCGGGCCUCCUGUUGCCGACCCCUGCAGUAGAGUACAUUUGUGAUAUAUUAUAUAAAUAUAUGGUACAAACACUACCCUGAACUUCUGUAUUUCUCUGUAGUUUUUCAACGUGUCUGGAGUUGAGGAUUUGACUCUAGACAACCCAGCUCUGACGUCCACCCCAGUGUGCGGUCACAAACGUGCCAACACCACCCCCCUCCAGAAGGAGUUAACAACUAAGUAUCAGAAGGAGAAUGCUGGGUAAGUGAGUUUUCUAGAACAGUUCUGUGUUAAUAUUUCACUCCUCCACCCAUAGAGGGUUUCUCACAUGCAUGUACUGUCUGACUGUGUUACAAGGUUCAGGACCCCCAAGAUUCGUAAAGCCAUCAUGUUUCCCAUGCCACUAACUCCAACACCCUUCAAGACUGUCACGGCCACCCAAGAGAAGAUGCAGGCCCAGCUGAAAAUGAUGGUAUAUUUAUAACACAGGAAUAACAUGUUUAUAAGUAAUGUCUGUAUUGUGUGUAUUGUAUUUGUCGUGUGAGGGGAUGUAACUCUUCCUGAGUGAUGUGUGUGUGACUGCGUGCGCGCGCGUCCAUGUAUGUGUGUGCCCUUGCUCAUGUUUCUAUGUGUGUGUGUGGGUUCUGUUAGAUGCAGCAGCCCCAGUCCCUGGCCUACCUGGAGGAAGAGGUGCUGAGAGAGGAGAACAAGGUUGAUAUGUUAAUUCAUGGAGAAACUCAGGCUGACUUCUGCUCCUCCUGGAAACAUGAGGUAUCCGAAGCUCGUAUUCAUCCAUAGAGAUUUGUACACAGUAAUUAUGAAGUAAUUCAAUUCCAUUCAAACAACUUUAUUUGUCCCCUUAGGGCAAUUAUGUCAGGGCUAUAGCGGUGCUUAAGACACAUUCAACAAACAACAAAUGAGCACUAAAGAGUAAAUGGAGAAUAAAUAGACAAGAACAUGAGAUAUAUUGACUUCAAAGUGCCGUCCAAUAAAUAUAUUAGUAUUAAACAUAGAUGGAAAUAAACAUUUUGUUUUUUUACAGUCCUAUCCAUUCCAUGUUUUGUAACCCAGGUUGAUCCAUCGUCCAGGAGUGUUAGGAAAUCCCUGGCUGUGGAACCCUGGAGUAAGGACUGCCACAGUGCUAAACUCUAUUCCCAAGAACACUUCAACAAUGUACAGGUGAGAGGAGAGGAUCAGUGAGAAAUCCCUAUUAAAGUUACCAUCAGAAACACUGAAAAUGAGACUCAUACAGACUAUUGUAGAUGAGGGUGGCAAACCACGGUGAGAGUGAAGGACAAUUAAGAGAGGAUUGAAGAAUGAGACAGUACUUUAAAACUCUGUCUCAGAUCCAUGGGGAGAGCCUGCUGACCAGCGCGCCCCUGAGGUCAUCCAUGCUGGGCUGUGAGGAGCUGGUGUACUCGCCAUCCCCUGUAGUAGUACCAGGGAGAGAGGAGCCAUGCUGUUACCUGCCCCACCACACCCUCACCAUCGCCCCGAGGAGAGACGACAACUGUGAGUGGGAUGCUGUGGUAUUUGGGAAGACUGAUGAUCAGAUGAUCGUAGCUGAGCAGGCCAGACAGUUCCUCAGCUCCCAGACACCUGGCUUUACCUCCAGAACCUUU